CUCUUCACAUUCCAAUGUCAUGAUCGAAUCAAUAAUAUUUUUUGUACCCAAAGUCUGAAGUGUUUUCUAAUCUUAUACAUUCCAAUUUACACUUUUUGAACGAACCGAAGCAUUUGUGAUGCGUUUUUGGAUUUACACCGUCGCAUAGACUGAUCUAAGUAUUAAAUGGCCACAUCAAUAGGCAGACGAGCCUCAGCACAAGAAGCUACUAUUCAGGUAGAAACAAAGUCCGAUGAACCAUCUCAACUGGAAUCCCGUUUUGAAUGUCCCAUAUGUAUCUACUGGUUGAACGAACCAGUUUUAACUUCUUGUGGUCAUCGAUUCUGUAAAAAGUGUAUCACUUCAUGGAUAAAAAACAAAACCAACUGCUGCCCCAUCGACAAUAAACCGUUGACCGAAAACGAUCUGUUUCCCGACAAUUUUACGAGACGGGAAAUUCAAAAUAUGCGAAAGUCAUGCCCGAACUCUUCAUUUGGAUGCCAAAUAAGCAUUUCUCCGCUUGCGAUGGACACACACAUUUUGGAAUGUUCGUUUCGCGAACGAAUUCCUGCGAUCGAAUGUACAUUCCGACAGUGCGGAUGCACAUUUAAGGCAAACGCACAAAGUGAAAUCGAUGCGCAUGUGCAGGAGGAAAUGGCGUCUCAUUUGAAUCUUUUAAUGGCAUCCUUUAAGCAAAACAUUUCAUUCGAAUUCAAAUCAAUCGAAGAGAACAAACUCUGGGACGCACCAAACAAAAAUACCAACGGAACCGAAGAUCUGCUCAAAGCUCUCUACGAACGAAUCGUUGUGCUGGAACAGCAGAAUCGCGAAAAGGAUGCCAAAAUCGAUAAGUUAACGCUGGACAUGUCAAAGGCCUGUCUUUCCAGCGACAUUCUGGCGCGUUAUAGUAACGGAGUCCUGGUCUGGCAAAUAACACAAUUUCACAGCAAAAUCAAAUCGAUGCGAGCCGAUCCGAAUAAAAUGUACUACAGCAAUGAGGUGUUCACGUCGCCUCACGGAUAUCGGUUCUGUGCGCGGAUAAAAAUAUCACCGGAAAUGAAGGAUCACAUCGGCCUACAUAUACACCUCAUGCGAUCGGAUAACGAUUUUCAUUUGGAUUGGCCAUUCCGCGGACGGAUACGAAUCAGCACGAUCCAUCGAAAUCUGAACGAAACCAGACACGAGACAAUAAUGUCCAAACCGGAUAUCCUGGCAUUCCAUCGUCCCACACAAGAAAUCAGUCCCCGUGGAUUCGGAUUCGUUGACUAUGCGAACAUAAGCGAACUGAUCAACAAGGGCUUCAUCAUCAUGGACACAUUGAGUCUCAAAAUCGAGUUGAAUAUUGUUUGAGGUGUAAAAUGACGGAAAAUGACCGCAGUUGUGAUUUUGCAUUAGUUUUGGUAGAAAUGUGAUGUAAUUUUUGUCGGUGUGUGUAUAACGCUCUAGUUGAAUAAUAUCGUGAUUUUGUAGAAGAACCACCCCACCCCUGAUAUGCCUGUUUUGUUUUACUUAAAAUUGCAUUAGCAGCGGACGUUUAUAGAUCCUUAGUUCUUAGCCCGUCCAAAAAAAAAAAUUGUUACACAGCAGACGAGACGGCAUAGUUUCCAAUAAAAAAGAAAGUGCAAAACAAA